CUUACAGCUGCCUGAAGAAAAAAAAAACGGUAAAUGUCACAAGCAGCGGCGCCGCUUCUGCCCUUCAAUGCUGAACUUCUUCCUCACAUGCUGACUUUCACUCUCUUCACGUCCGCUCGUUUCUUGCCCGGUGUCUCUAAGAGGCAGUCGCUGUAAUCGCGGUAAUGGAGUGUCGUGUGUUGUCCAUCCAGAGUCAUGUUGUCAGGGGUUACGUUGGGAACAAGUCGGCAACAUUCCCGCUGCAGGUGCUGGGCUUUGAAGUGGACUCCAUCAACUCUGUGCAGUUCUCCAAUCACACAGGGUACAGCAGGGACACGUCCUUUCUGGAGAUGGUGGUUGACAUCAUUCAGGAGCUGAAGAAGGCCAAUCCCAGCUUGGUAUAUGUUUGUGAUCCUGUGAUGGGAGACCAAGGUGCUAUGUACGUUCCAGAGAACCUGCUGCCAAUCUACAGGGACAAAGUGGUGCCUGUGGCUGACAUCCUCACCCCCAACCAGUUUGAAGCAGAGCUAUUAACUGGGAGGAAAAUCAACACAGAGGACGACGCUUUCAAGGUGAUGGACUUGCUUCAUAAAAUGGGUCCAGAGACCGUGGUCCUCACUAGUACAGACCUGCCCUCGAAACAUGGGGACCAGUUCUUGGUGGCCCUUGGGAGCCAAAAAAUAGUGAAACCAGAUGGGACCAGCACUAGCCAGAAAAUCUGCAUGGACAUCCCCAAAGUGGAUGCUGUAUUUGUGGGGACAGGAGACCUGUUUGCUGCCCUGUUGCUAGCUUGGACUCACCAUCACCCCAAAGACCUGAAGGCUGCCUGUGAAAAAACCGUCUCAGUUAUGCACCAUGUCAUUAAGAGGACCAUUACUUAUGCCAAUGAGAUGGCUGGCCCCGGGAAAAGACCCAGUCCUGCACAACUGGAGCUGAGGAUGGUUCAGAGCAAAGCUGACAUCGAGAAUCCUGCCAUUGUAAUCGAAGCAAAGGUUUUGGAGUCUUCACACUGAAGGUGGUAACCUUUUUGUGAACAUUCACAUCGUGCUGGUACAAAUCAGCUUCAAAUCAGGGCAGACGACCAGACACAUGUAGGAUUUUCACAUCAAAGACUUGUCACGUGUCUCUGCCUUACAGAAAUCUCUGAGGGAGUUAUGAACUAUGUUUUAAUGAGAGGGGUCAGCAGGAUUUGUUCUAUGUACAUUCUGCUCAAACAUACUGGAAUCACUGCCAUAUGUGUCUGUACUAUGGUCUGUGUGGACAUCAUUUGCCCCUUAAAAGAAAAGGAGGACAUUAGUCAACUAUGUUUAGGUUUAAAGAUAGUGUAAGUGUACUUGAAUCCUACUUAACAUUGGUUAAAAUGAUUCAAAUUAAUCCCAAAUUAGCUGAAUAGAAAAUACACAAACUUAGUGAUGCAUGACCAUGCCUCUACUCGUUUAGGCUAUGAUGGUAAAAACACGUACUUGAAGUGUGUUGCUCACAAGGCAUUAUAAGCACAUUAAUAUAUCUAUAAUAUAAUCAAAACAUAAUGUGUUAGGCCAGAAGUAGCACAUAACGGCUUGAACAGCUGCUGGUAAGAA